CUUCACAUUUAUUUUCCUUUCCACAGGUUACAAACAGAGCCUUAGUUUGACAAUAUAUACCCGAGAGAGAGAGAGAGAGAGAGAGAGAGAGAGAGAGCUACUAGUUCUGCAAUGGAGGAAAGAGAGGCAGCAAAGACAGCAGGGAAGCCCAUCCGAUGCAGAGCUGCGGUUGCUCGGAAAGCAGGGGAGCCGCUGGUGAUAGAGGAGGUGAUCGUGGCCCCACCCGAGGCUCACGAGGUUCGCAUUCGAGUUAUCUGCACUUCUCUCUGUCACAGCGACAUCACUUUCUGGAAACUCAAGGAUCCUCCUGGUUAUUUCCCAAGAAUUCUUGGCCACGAAGCCAUCGGGGUUGUGGAGAGCAUUGGGGAGGAUGUAGACGGGGUGACGGAGGGAGAUACUGUCAUCCCAAUCUUUUUGCCAGAUUGUGGAGAAUGUGUUGAUUGCAAAUCCACUAAGAGCAACCUAUGUUCUAACCUUCCUUUUGAGGUCUCUCCUUGGACACACAGAGAUAAGACAAGCAGGUUCACUGAUCUUAAAGGGGAGACAUUAUACCAUUUCAUUUAUGUGUCCAGUUUUAGUGAGUACACGGUGGUAGACAUUGCUCAUGUAGUAAAGAUUGACCCUGCAGUCCCGCCCAACAGGGCAUGCCUCCUCAGUUGUGGAGUUUCAACAGGGGUAGGUGCUGCUUGGAGAACAGCAAAUGUGGAAGCAGGGUCCAGUGUUGCUAUAUUUGGCCUGGGAGCAAUUGGAUUAGCGGUCGCAGAAGGAGCAAGACUUUGUGGGGCAUCUAGAAUAAUCGGUGUGGAUGUUAACUCUGAUAAGUUUGAAAUAGGGAAAAAAUUUGGAGUAACUGAUUUUGUGAACCCUGCAAGUUGCAAGGACAAGUCUGUGAGCGAGGUCAUAAUGGAUAUUACUGGCGGAGGUGCAGACUAUUGCUUUGAAUGUGUCGGUGUGGCAUCCUUGGUGCACGAAGCAUUUGCUUGCUGCCGAAAGGGUUGGGGAAAGACAAUUGUAUUGGGAGUGGACAAGCCAGGCGCACAGUUGAGCUUUAGUUCUUUCGAGGUACUUCACACUGGGAAGACACUCACUGGAUCCCUCUUUGGAGGUCUCAAACCAAAAUCUGAUAUUCCCAUCCUUAUUAAACGUUACAUGGACAAGGAACUGCAGCUGGAUGAAUUUGUUACACACGAGGUGAGCUUUGAAGACAUCAACAAAGCUUUUGAUUUACUAAUUGAAGGGAAGUCUCUUCGAUGCAUUAUUUGGAUGAACCAAUGAGUCUUCUCGGGAAAUGGAUGUUGUGAUGCAAACAAUAAACAAGGGAAUUUGUUGUGUUUGAUUUGGUUCAAGGGAAUUUGUUGUGUUUGAUUUGGUUCAAGGGAAUUUGUUUGUACCUCGUAUGUUUGUUGCUUGUAUUCCUCGAAAGUUGCUACGUUCUGUAAGUAUUUGUAAUCCCAGCUAUUACAAUGCGGCUUUCAUUGUCGAAUAACCCCCCUAUUUCCUUCAGGUGUAAGCGUCUCUCUCUUUGACUGCCUCCCUAAGUCGCCGGCCAGCCAUUGUUGUGAACUCUGUAAAAUUCUCACAAAAGUCAAGUGUUUUUACCUUGCACUGUCA